AUGGCGCGGGACCUGAGCGGCGAUGGCGGCGUCCGCAAGGAGCUGCUGCGCGCGGGCCGCGGGGCCGCCGUGCCCCGGGACGCCUCCGUGGCAGUGAAUUACUUUGGGUACCUGGAGCACAGGGAUGAGCCCUUCACCAAAAGCUGCAGCAAGUUUCCCAAGCUGAUGAAACUUGGAAAAGACAUCACGCUGUGGGGCCUGGAGAUCGGCCUGCUGACCAUGAGGAAGGGAGAGGUUGCAAGGUUUUUCCUCAUGCCAAAAUACGCCUACGGGCAGCAGGGCUGCCCUCCCCUCAUCCCCCCCAACACCACAGUCACCUUCGAAGUGGAGCUGCUGGAUUUCCUCGACUCGGCUGAAUCUGACGCCUUCUUCGAGUUGACUGCUGAGCAGCAGGAUACAUUUCCACUACAGAAGGUGUUGGAAGUGGCAGACACAGAGAGACAGUUUGGCAACUACCUGUACCGUAAGCGGGUCUUGGAGCACGCCAAGGAGAGGUACAAAAGGGCCCUCUCCAUCCUUGGUCGCAGCCCUUCUAGCGCGGCAGAGCAGCAGCAGAUCAACGCGUCCAAGCUGCUGGUGUUCCUGAAUCUCUCCAUAACAUACCUGAAACUGAAGCGUCCUGCCAGAGCUUUGGCAUAUGGGGAGAAGGCCUUGAAAAUUGACCAAAGAAAUGCCAAAGGGCUGUUCAGGUGUGGCCAGGCUUGUCUCCACAUGGCAGAGUAUGAAAAAGCCCGGGAUUUCCUGGUCAGAGCUCAGCACAUCCAGCCCUUCAACCACGAUAUUAACAAUGAGCUAAAAAAGCUGGCAAGCUGCUACAGGAACUCCAUGGAAAAGGAGAAAGAAAUGUGCUGCAGAAUGUUUGCCCACCUCAGGCUCCCUCCAGCUGACCAGGAAUAAAGGACCUCUCCAGCUGGCAGUAAGAGCAGUUCUUGACCAGGAAGAAAGAGCAGCACAUGGAGAGCUUGGCAUCAUAUCUGUGGUUUGGGACACUGGGCAAAAGAAGCAUCUUGUUUUGAGAGUGUGAAUUUGAAGCUCUGUGUUUAUACACAACCUGAUUUUCCUGAAGUUGGUUUGUUUGCCAUGUUCUGAGGAUGGUCCCAGAAGAAACAAGUAGUUCUGUAGGAGAGGAAGGCAUUCUCUCUCUCCUUCCCUGCACAAGAAAACUUCUCCCUGACAUCCUACCUCUUGCAGGUUCUGUGCUGGUUUUAGGAAACCCAUAAAGGAGAGUAGGAUGCCAUGAAGUUUUGUAUUGUUUAUACAGGUUGUUCUUUAAAAAAUUCUGUUUGGUAUUUUUGUUCUGAGAAAAUAAACCAACCUGAGAACUGGCAGGACUUGUGCCAGUUUAUUGUGCAA